GCAGCAUUUACGGUGGAUCGAUAUUUGAUGAUAUGCCAUCCUUUCAUAGCUAAACGCUGGUGUACUCUACGCAGGAGUAAAAUGGUGAUCGUAUCAAUAUUCUUCAUCAGCUUCUGUUACACCCUACCCCGAUUUUAUGAGUAUGAAUAUUACACAAACACUCGAGUAAUUGGCGACGCUGUGCCUACUCAUUGGUACAGACUAUCGCACAUGGGCGUAUCGGACUCCUUUCGGCUUGGCUAUCAUCUUUGGGCCUGGUGUAUCUUCGUUAUUGUCCUCCCAUCCCUCGUGAUUGCCAUUCUCAAUAUAUUCCUUGUCAGGGAAAUUAAUCGCUCCAUUGAAAGAAUGCGAUUUGAACAAGGUGUUAAGACCAGGCGGCACGAGACUGAUGUCAUGUUAAUCGGUGUCAUUGUCAUCUUCUUCGUUUGUCAGGUGAGUUAA